CAAAAGUCACAUGACACAAACAUCCUCACAUGAUCAAGCAAGUGGAGAAACGAAACAUGAUAUAAUGAUUUCUAAAACGGUCUUUGUGUUGUUGACGAAUUUGAUUCUGGUGAAUUGUAAAGAUUUUGCGUCCUUAUCCCAUUUAAAGCCUAAGGCAUCAUUGGGGAAACAGGAAGAUGCUGCUAAAGAUUUGUACCAGAGAGUGUUGGGACCAAGAGCCGGGGAAUUCGUAGUGAAGGUUCAAUCCAACAUAGGGCCUAAAGAAAAGGACACCUUCCUUAUCAACACAAAGGAGAAGUAUGUUGAGAUUACUGGGACAACGGGCGUGGCAGCUGCCAUGGGGCUGUACUACUAUCUGACCAAUUAUUGUAACUGUCAGAUCACAUGGGGAGGGAGACAGAUGGCCAUUCCAUCCCCCCUCCCCAAGGUCGAGGGGGGCAGUGUGAAUAUCACAACCAAUGACAAGAUCCGGUUCUUCCAGAACGUGUGCACGGUCAGUUACUCCUCCGUCUGGUUCAAGUGGGCGGACUGGGAGGCAUACCUGGACUGGAUGGCCAUGAGGGGGAUAAACAUGGCUCUGGCCUUCACCGGUCAGGAAGCGAUAUUCCAGAGGGUCUACAUGGGACUUGGGUUUACUAUGAAGGAUCUUCAGGACCACUUUGGAGGUCCAGCAUUUUUAGCUUGGUCAAGAAUGGGGAACAUGCAUGGAUGGGGCGGGCCCAUCACCCAGAACUGGAUAGACGACCAGCUGAUCCUACAACACAAGAUCCUGGAGCGUAUGCGGUCCCUUGGAAUGAUUCCCGUCCUCCCAGGGUUCGCUGGACAUGUCCCAGAGGCAACCAUUCUGCACUAUCCCACAGCCAACGUGUCUCGCCUCGGAGACUGGGGACACUUCAACAAGACGUAUUGCUGUAACUAUCUGUUAGACUUCAAUGACCCAUUGUUUAUGAAGAUAGCAGUGCGCUUUAUCAAAGAGAUGGAGAACGAGUUUGGAGUUGAUCACGUUUACAGCGUCGAUACCUUUAAUGAGAUGAGGCCUCGCUCAAAUUCUACCGAGUACUUGGCUCUCUCUGGCCGCACAAUUUACAAGAGUCUUAAAGAAGCAGACUCCAAAGCCAUUUGGUUGAUGCAGGGCUGGCUGUUCAUUGAUGGCGGAUUCUGGAAGCAACCCCAGAUCAAGGCUCUCCUUACCGCUGUACCACAGGGUGAGAUGAUAAUCUUGGACCUGUACUCAGAAAUAAUUCCGAUUUACACCCAGACGGAGUCGUACUAUGGUCAGCCAUUUAUUUGGUGCAUGUUGCAUGACUUUGGCGGGACUAUGGAGCUCUAUGGGGCCCUGAAACUGAUAAACGAGGGUCCGUUCAAUGGGAGGGCAUUCCCCAACAGUUCCAUGGUGGGUUUGGGGAUGACCCCGGAGGGAAUCUUCCAGAAUGAGGUUGUGUACGAGUUCUUCACAGAAAACGUGUGGAGGAAGGCCCCCAGGGAUAUAUCUACAUGGAUCAGCAAGUAUGUCCUGAACAGAUACGGCAAGACCAACAAGUUCAUAGACUUGGCCUGGCAGUAUCUCAAGAACUCUGUAUACAACAAUUCUGACAAUCUUAAGGACCACGAUUCCAAUGCCAUCCCUGAUCAUCGCCCCAGCCUCUCUCCCGCACUCCAUCCUGAUGUGUGGUACAACCCUGAGGACCUGUACGUGGCCUGGGACAUCAUGACCUUGAACUUGGAUGAGUUCAGCAACAGCUCCCUCUUCAUGUACGACAUUGUAGAUGUGACGCGAAACAGUUUACAAAUCCUGUCAAUCAAGUACUACACGGACCUUGUCUACGCAUUUGGUCGUGGAGACAUUCAUGCGGUAGAAUCUCAUGGAAAUCAGCUUCUGGGGUUGCUUAGCGACAUGGAUACAGUGCUGGGAUCAGAUUCUCACUUCCUUUUGGGACGCUGGAUAAAGGCGGCCACAGAUAAUGCAAUGGACAUGCAGGAUAACUGGUUCCUUCAGUUCAAUGCCAGGAACCAGAUUACUCUGUGGGGUCCAAGAGGAGAGAUCCGGGAUUACGCCUGUAAGCAGUGGUCUGGCCUGAUCAAAGAUUAUUACCUACCUCGAUGGGAGAUAUUUGUGAAUUACACUCUGGACAUAAUGGCUCACAACAAGACCUACAAUGCCACAGAGCUGGAUAUAAUGAUCUAUGAGAAAGUGGAGUUUCCGUUCAGUUACAGACUGGACCAGUAUCCCACAGAGCCUCAAGGUGAUAGUGUUGCCAUAGUGAAGUCCCUGCACAAGAAGUAUAGACCGGACACCAUGUCUGAGUUUUUCCAGUCUCUGCAACAAGCCACGGAGGAGCGACAUCGCAAAGACAAACGGAACUGGAUACAGAGGAAAUACGGCUCACAGAUAAAACGUGCAAAAACUCAAAACAUUGGGUACAAUCCCAGACUCCAUCAUGUUGUGAACGGCAGGAACUGAUUUUGAUGUUUAUAUCUGUGAUUGAGGCUGUGAUUUGGACGUACUUGUGUCUUGGAAUAUAUCUAAAGGGGUUUAUUCAAUAUAUUUAUGUAUAUAAAAUUUUUGACAGAGCUUUUGUAAAGAAUGAAAUUUAAACAUGCAUAGGGCCAUAUUUUUUCAUGCUGGUACAGUAUAUAUACAUGUAUUUUAAAAAAUUAAGGUAUUGCAAGGAGAGUUUGAACUUUUAUUCAGUGCAAGAAUGAUAUUACAUGAUUUCUUCACAGGAGGGAAUAAUAUGAUACAAAUAUAGUACAAUAUGCUUUUACUAGUAUACGAAUCUGAUGUACCAGCAGUUACUUUGUAACUGUGUAACUAUGCAUAAAUCAUGUAUAUUGUGAACGUUUAUAAAUGAAAGUGCUUAUGUUUUACUCAUUUUUAUGUUUUCAUUUAUUUAAGUUUUACAUAAACAUGUCUGUAUGAAACAUUUUGCAGUGCAAGCAACAUUUAUUCCCAUAGGCAUGAACCGAUUAACAAAGAGAGUUUUAUUUAAUAUUCAGAUUUCAGUGUAUGUGUAAAAACAAAUUUUUGUUGUUGUUAUUUUAUGUUAUCAGGUUAGAAAGGGUACCUUUUUUAUGUGAUGUGUCACAGAAAUGUUAAACAUUCCAAAUAUAUUGGGUUAGCAAUGUCACACCUUUUUUUCAUCUCCACCUGGCUCCAACACCUGAUAAACUGAAAAUAAUAAACUGAAUUAUGUACCUAAUACAUGUAAGUAGAUUUUUUAAAAAUUUCAAUUGUUUAAUUUACUUGGAUUGUAAAGUUUAGAAGGUUACUUCUUCUAGUAUUUAUAGGUAUACAAACCUAAAGGGAAAACAUCUAAUCUCAGAAUCUAAUCACUGAAUCUAUUUCUAUUAAAAUUAUUUUAACUUAAAAUUUUGAUUGUAAUAAUUCUGUCUUAUCUUUAUGGAGCCAGAUCUCAGGGAUCUAGUGAUGCGAGUUGUACUUAAUUAGUAGCAGUAAAUAAGAAUUUUUUUUAUGUAUGAAUACCAUGUGUUUGUAUUGGCUUUAUCUAUAGUCAAGUAGCUGGUGCUCAGUUUGUUGAGAUUAAAAUGGUCACCCUCCCAACGUCAGGGAUCAUGAAGUCACUCUCAUAGUCAUGAUUGGGGUUAUAAUUCAAUUCAUUUAUUGACAAUUACCAUGCUGGCAUACAGUCUUGAAUAUAUGAGUUACAUUAAACAAAAGAUUAAACAAAAGCAUGCAAAAGCUAAACAUUAACUAAUAAAGAACUUAUAUAAAGAACUUUGUCUAAAUCCGUUACUGAACUGCUUGCCAGACCCCAGACAUUGAGAGGGUUUGUUGAGGCCUGCUUUUGUUUUAUUGUAUAAGGAUAUGUGAUUUAUACACAUGGCAUAGCAUAACGGUAUUUUUGAAUUGUUGCAAUAACUUAAUUAAAGAAUGCUAGUAUAUUAAUAAGCGCUAUUUUGUCUCAUUUUUUGAAAAAUCUCUGCUUAGAGUUAAGAUAAAACAGUUUCUUAUUGUAAUGAUGGAAAUAUUUUCCCUCAAUAUUUCACUUAGAAAGAGUAAAUCAAAAGACUAAGCAUUGGAAUUCAAUCAAUUUAAUUGAUUAAAUAUUGACAAUAUCCUAAGGAGCCAAAUAAACUUUUCUCUAUUCUAUGA